UUUAAAUCGGUAAAUGCGUAGUGAAAAACAUCAAGUGAAGACUAUAGUAAGUAAAAUUUGUUUAAGGAGGGUCUACAGUAAUUUUUGUCCAAGUUUUACUUUCAAACAAAACCUCUAAACACAAAAUUAAGAACGAAGCUCGAUGCAUUACUCUAUAAUCUAACAAUCUACGGUUUCAUUUUUCAAAAAUGUUCAUUUGUUGAACAAAGUGUCCAUUUACUGUGCUAGUGCAACAAGGAUAGUAUCGUUAUUUGACUUGAGUGUAAUAGAGAAAAAGUUCAGAAUCCUCUUAAUAUACAAAGACACCAGAACAACAGAGCCAACUAGACAUCAUUACUGCAAUGAUGGAAACGUCAUUGUCAACACUUCUGGCUAUUUUAGCUGGAUUUAUAAUAAUUUAUUACGUUAUCUAUCGCAAAAAGUAUUUUGAAACACAUCAAAUACCUCAUCCGAAAGCGUACCCUCUUCUAGGGAAUAUGGUACCAGUUUUGUUAGGAAGGUUUUCAUUUUUGGAAAAUAUGACCAAUACUUAUAAUUUAAACAAAGAAGCCAAAUACGUUGGUUUCUAUGAUUUCAGUGGUCCAGUCACGAUCAUACGUGACUUAGAUUUGAUUAAAAGCAUAACAACCAAACACUUUGACCACUUUGUCGAUCAUCAGAGUUUCAUCGCCAAACCAGAACUAGAGCCUCUGUUUGGAAACAACCUUUUUGCUCUACGUGGUGAUCGGUGGCGUGAAAUCCGAGCCUUAGUGACUGGAGCUUUUACGUCGAGCAAAAUGAAAGCUAUGUUCAAAUUGAUGUCUGAUUGCGGAAGUACUUUUGCUGAGUAUCUGGUUGAUCAAUCGAGAAAGGGCAUGACCGAAAUAAAUUCAAAAGAUAGUUUCACACGUUACGCAAAUGAUACGAUAGCUACGUGUGCUUUUGGUAUAUCUGUAGAUUCUAUGGCUAAUCCGACCAAUGAAUUUUAUGUUCUUGGACGGGAAGCGACCAACUUUGAAGGUCUAAAGACUUUGAGGUUUUUGAUGGUACAGAAUUUUCCGAUGAUAUCUAAACUAUUUGGCAUAAAGCUCAUUGAUGCUAAUAUAGAAAAGUUUUUCUGCGAUUUGGUGAGAGAUACCAUGGCUGUGAGAGAUAAAGAAGGCAUCUAUAGACCAGACAUGAUUCAAUUGAUGAUGGAAACGAGAAACAGAGAACCGGGAUCUAAGAAGCCUGAGCUAACCAUUGAAAGCAUGACAUCCCAAGCAUUAAUUUUUUUCCUAGGUGGCUUUGAGACAACAUCAACGGUCAUGUGUUUGGCCGCCCACGAAAUAGCGUGUCAUCCAGAAAUUCAAGAAAAGCUGCAGGAAGAAAUAGAUCGCGUCCUAGAAGAGUGUGAAGGUGACCCAACUUAUGAAGCAGUCAACAGUAUGAAGUAUCUCGAUGCAAUUGUCAAUGAAUCUUUACGAUUGUACCCAGUUCCCGGUUUCAUGGAUAGAGUUUGCACCAAAAACUUCGAAUUGCCUCCCAGUCUACCUGGAUUGAAACCGCUGCCCAUCAAAUCCGGUGACCGUUUUUGGAUACCAGUUUGGGGAAUUCAACGUGACCCUCAAUACUUUCCGGACCCUGAUCAAUUCAUUCCUGAACGAUUUAUCGGAGAUAAAAACGCCAUAAAUACCUCAGCCUAUCUUCCUUUUGGAGUCGGACCUAGAAUGUGCAUUGGAAAUCGGUUCGCACUUUUAGAAACCAAAGUACUAUUGUUUCAUCUUUUAGCCAAAUGUAAUAUACAACCUGCUAAAAGAAUGAUCCUGCCAAUGAGAUUGAGUAAAAAGGAUUUCACUAUGAUGGCUGAAGGUGGCUUCUGGUUAGAAAUCCAUUCGCGAAAGUGAUUUUUUGUGACAAUAAUCAUAUUGAUAGUGGAAUAAUAAUUAAUAUAUUUGAAAAAAUAUGCAAUUAUAUAUAAAUUAUGUACGGAUUUUCAAAAAAUAAAAGUAAGAUCAUGGA